UGAAUGCGCAAUCCAUCCCAGGCUAUCGGAUUCUAAGACCACGAUGGGCUCCCUCCCCAGUGAUUUCGCCAUAUCCCUCAAAGCGCGCCCUUCCUCGAAGACCAACACCAAUCUUCCGGGGCUCAUAGAGCGAAUCAACAUUGAGCGCGGCGGAUUCCAGAACAUCACAGAGGACAGCUUGCGCCGGGAGAUUGCUGAAGCAGAGUUGGGCAAUGAGGAUGGGGACAAGAAUGGCACUAGCGAUGAGGAGGAGGAAGAGCCCGAUCGAAUGAAGGAACUUAUGACCUCGAGGGAAGCGAUGCUUGGGCAGAUUGAAACAGCCCAUCAAUCAGCAAUAUUCGCUCUAGACUUUGUGUCCCUCCUUCUAUCGAAAGAUACACCUGAGCAAGCCAGCCUAUCGAUCUCGCCAUUUCGCCGAGAGUUGGUUGGAAUGGGCACAUUGGGUGCGGACAAACUCCAUGACCCUAGAACCACCGACGUACAGAAACAGGACAACAGGCAGAUUGCCAAGGGGUGGAAGUCUCAGAGUCUGAACAAGACGGUGGACUCAAUCCUAGCAUCUGCUUCGAGGCUUGAGAAGGAGAUUGAGCUUGAGACAAGAUACUGGCAGCAAGUUUUAGCUAUCAGUGACAAUGGAUGGUCCAUAUGCCGGCUUCCAAAUGAGAAGCAUACGUUGGGAGUUAGGUUUGGAUUUUCAGAAGCUUCCCCCGCCUUCAAAAGCCGAAGCCUAGCAGCACUUCGACGGAACCCGGACGGCACCAUUUCGUUGCAUCAAGGAAUAGCAAGCUCUGAACCCCAAAGUCUCCGAGUACGGAUUCGAACUGGCGACGACCAAACCGGCUCAUCUAUGAGCCCCCAGCCUGCAGCCGAAGAUGCACCAAUCGAGGCACUGAUUCUUCAAGCACGAAAUACGAUAUUUUCUGAGGAGUUAUGGCAGGAGCUGAAUCGGGAGGCUCGAACGAUGGGCUCAUAUGGCGUGCAAUCGAAAGAUGAUACUCUAAUAUGCCCUCUAUCCGCUACAAAAGUCGCAGUCUUCGAUCUUGUCCCUCUGGGAGAGUCUAAUCUAUCCGGUCCUGAUGAUGCCAUGGCCGAAGGUGUUUUCAUAACCCUCAAUCUCCUGCUCAGUUACGCACAUCGACAGAAUCAACGUCGCAGGAUCCAACCCCCACCGCCAAUCUCCGGUCAAAAGAACAUAAUCCAACCAUACAAUCUACUUCGUGCCAUUCUCACCCGUCUAAAGCACCAGGAAACCGCAGGACAGUUAAAUAACCUUCUAAGCCCACUCUGCCGUGUUAUGGAGACGGCUGAACUAAAACCCUUACCGACAUUCACAGUCACCUCCACACCUGGAAUCCCACCCUCACAAUACCCCCAAGCAGAACAGACGAUGCUCAGCCUAAUCGAACGCUUGGAAACAAUCGCAACCUUCUCCAUGUCUGAAACAACAACCGUCACCAUCUCAGCACGAACCUCCCCAGUACGAAGCACCUUCGGCCUCACGCUCUCUCCGGACUCGCCAUUAAUGAGCAUCUGUCCGCCACCUCCUCAAGUUCUAACAUCCUACCCCGCCUUAAGGGACUACAUCUACUACUUCACCGCAUGUGCGAUCGCUACAUCCAUUUCCACAAUUCCGUCCAGCUUGGGAAUCGAUGAUGCAAAUGUCGAAGCAGAAGCAGGGCAUUGGCGCCAAACUCCGCACCCAAUGACCCUACGCAUGAUCCUCCCCACUUCUGCCACGCCAUCCAAACUCCCAAGUACGAAACAGCUCUCUAUCUCCAUCCAACCACUGGCUUCGCGAGGCAGGACGGGGAUCAGACUCCGGGCGCAUUGGGAAUGGAACGGAACGGAGCAAGAGGGGACUGGCACCGGUGGGCGGAAGAGUAGUUUUGGAUACCCAGUUCUGAUGGAAGAUGUGCGGAAGACUCUUAAGGAGGAUAGUGAGGCUGGCAAGAAGUCGAAGAGAGGAAAGGGAGAGGAUGUUUAUGAUUGGGUUGCUUGGGAGAAGGAGAGUGGGAAGGACUGGGAUGAUGGGGAGGGAGAAGUUUUUAGGACGUUGGAGAGUGUGGUAGCUGAUUCUGGGAAGUGAAGUGUGGGCUACUCGCCUUAAUCUUGAGUGAAUGAAUUGUAAAUGAUGGUGAAUCAUUGUCCCU